UGUCAAUAAAAUAAAGAAAUAAUAAAUAGAAUAAGCUGCGGUGCAAUUGGAUUCGAUCCAGAUCUUCGUCUCUCGUCUCGUCUCUCUCCCGUUCUCUUCUAUAAACAAAACAUGGCUCUGCAAAUCCCAAAGCAACGCAUCCACUCUUCCCAAUGCCGCCUUCUUCUUCCUUAAGCAACAAUCCCUUCUUCUUCUUCUUCUUCCUUUCUCUCAUUCUCUUCUCUUCUUCUUGUUCCGCCAUUGAUGCACAGGGCCAAACUCUCUUAGCAUGGAAAGCCAGCCUCAAGAGCUCCACCGACGUUCUCGCGUCCUGGAAUCCCUCCGACCAAAGUCCAUGCAACUGGUUUGGAAUCCACUGCAACUCCAAUGGCGAUGUGGUGAAGAUAAGCCUCGUUUCAGUCGAUGUCCAGGGCCGAUUGCCGUCAAAUCUCCAGCCGCUCAGCUCACUGGCUUCUCUCAUCCUCUCGUCGGCCAAUCUCACCGGAACCAUCCCCAAACAAUUCGGAGACUACCUGGAACUUACCGUCAUUGACAUUGCUGAUAAUUCUAUCUCCGGAGAAAUCCCGCCGGAGAUUUGCAGGCUGAGAAAGUUGCGGAGUUUGUUACUUGACGGCAAUUUUCUGGAAGGCGAAAUCCCGUCCGCCAUUGGAAACCUCUCGAGUUUGGUGCAUUUUACGCUCUACGACAAUCGGCUGAGCGGCGAAAUCCCGAAGAGCAUCGGGAAAUUGAGCAAUCUGGAGGUUUUCCGGGCCGGAGGAAAUCGGAAUAUUCGGGGCGAGCUGCCAUGGGAGAUCGGAAACUGCUCCAACUUGGCCUUUUUAGGCCUCGUCGAGACCGCCAUUUCCGGUAGCCUUCCGCCAUCGAUUGGGAAACUGAAGAAAAUACAAACCAUUGCCAUUUAUAGGUCCCAGUUGUCGGGUCCUAUCCCGGAAGAGAUUGGCAAUUGCAGCGAGCUGAAGAACCUCUACUUGCAUCAAAAUUCAGUCUCAGGUGAAAUUCCCGGCCGAAUUCGGGAGCUGGGAAAUCUUCGGAGCCUGUUGCUAUGGCAGAACGCCAUGGUCGGCACAAUUCCGAACCAGCUCGGAGACUGCAGAGAACUCGCCGUCUUGGACCUGUCGGAGAAUCUCUUAGCCGGCAGCAUUCCGGCGAGCUUCGGAAAGCUUUCGGGGCUUCGAGAGCUUCUGCUGAGCGAUAACCAGUUAUCAGGUUCGAUCCCUCGUGAACUCUGCAACUGCACCGCUUUGAAUUACCUGGAACUCGACAACAAUCAUCUUUCCGGCGAAAUUCCCGAUUCAAUCGGCAACUUGAAGACCCUGAAUCUGUUCUUCGCCUGGCAGAAUAAUCUCACAGGAAAAAUUCCGGAAUCCAUAUCGGAAUGCCGGAAUCUGGAAUUUCUAGACCUUUCUUUCAACAAUCUGUUGGGUCCAAUCCCAAAGCAAAUCUUUGCAUUAAGAAACCUCACCAAGCUGCUGCUACUUGACAAUGAUUUUUCCGGCAUUAUACCGCCGGAGAUUGGAAACUGCUCGAGCUUGUAUCGGUUCCGGGUGAACCAAAACCGGCUUUCCGGCACUGUUCCAUUGGAGAUCGGAAAUUUGACAAAUUUGAAUUUUCUCGACAUGAGCUUCAACAAAUUUGUGGGAGAGAUUCCGCUUUCGAUUUCAGGAUGCAGAAAUCUUGAAUUUCUUGAUCUCCAUUCAAAUGGGUUCUCUGGUUCUCUGCCUUACACUCUGCCUCAGAGCUUACAGUUGGUCGAUUUUUCGGAUAAUUUGCUUACCGGUCCCCUGCCACUCAGUGUUUUUGGUUCGUUAAUUCAACUAACUAAACUCAAUCUUGGGAAGAAUCAGCUUUCCGGGGGGAUUCCGGCGGAAAUCUCGGACUGCAGUAAGCUUCAACUGUUGGAUCUCGGAAACAAUGGCUUCUCCGGUGAAAUUCCAAAAGAAUUGGGCAAAAUCCCAGCACUCGAGAUCUCUCUCAAUCUGAGCUGGAACCAGUUGGCAGGGGAGAUCCCAUUCGAAAUCUCGGGUCUAACCAAACUGGGAAUACUUGAUCUCUCGCACAAUAAGCUUGCCGGAAACCUGAACGUCCUCACAAGCCUUCAAAACCUUGUAUCCUUGAAUGUCUCAUUCAAUGACUUCUCCGGUGAAUUGCCUGACACACCAUUCUUCCAUAACCUCCCGAUGAGUAACCUGGCUGGAAACCAAGCUCUGUUCAUCCCCAGUGGGGUUGUUACUCCUGCCGACAAAAUGGGAGCUCUAGGCCACGCCAAAUCCACGAUGAAGCUGGCAAUGACAAUUCUCGUCGGUGUCAGCGCGGUGCUAGUGCUGUUAGCAAUCUAUGUCUUGGUUCGUGUGCGUGUGGCCAGCGAUGGAUCCACAAGCGUUGACAGUUGGGAAGUAACGCUUUAUCAGAAGAUGGAAUUCUCCAUUGAUGAAAUACUGCAGAGCCUAACAUCUGCAAAUGUGAUUGGCACUGGAAGCUCUGGCGUGGUGUAUAGGGUGACAAUUGGAAGAGGGGAACCACUGGCGGUGAAGAAGAUGUGGUCCUCAGAGGAGUCUGGAGCAUUCGAAUCAGAGAUUCGAACACUAGGAUCAAUCAGGCACAGGAACAUCGUGCGCCUGCUUGGCUGGGGAUCAAACCGGGCCAUGAAACUGCUGUUCUACGAUUACCUCCCUAAUGGAAGCUUGAGCUCACUCCUUCAUGGUGCCGGCAAGGGAGGAGCAGAAUGGGAGUUGCGAUAUGAUGCUGUUUUAGGCGUUGCACAUGCCCUUGCGUACUUGCACCACGAUUGCUUGCCUCCUAUGAUUCAUGGAGAUGUCAAGGCCAUGAAUGUUCUAUUAGGCCCUCAUUUCGAACCAUAUCUAGCCGACUUUGGGCUGGCCAGGAUUGUCAAUGCUGACAAUGUUGAUUGCUCAAGACACGCUGAGAGGCCACUCCUUGCCGGUUCCUAUGGCUACAUGGCUCCAGAACAUGGUUUGAUGCCAAGGAUCACUGAGAAGAGCGAUGUGUACAGCUUUGGCGUGGUCCUGCUAGAGGUCUUGACAGGGAGGCAUCCCCUGGACCCGACUCUGCCAGGGGGCGCGAACUUAGUUCUGUGGGUGCGUGAUCAUCUGCGUGCCAAAGGCAAUCCCAUUGACAUUCUUGACCCAAAGCUCAUAGGAAGGCCGGAUCCUCAGAUGCACGAAAUGCUGCAAACGCUGGCUGUUUCGUGUCUCUGCACCAGCGUGCAGCCUCAUGAUCGUCCAGCGAUGAAGGAUGUGGCUGCAAUGCUGAAGGAGAUUCGACAUGUUGAGGCGACAAGGCCUGAGCCUGAUUUACUCCUCAAGGGUGGCAUGGCAAUCCCGGCUCGAAAUGCGGGGUUGCAAGGGUCUUCUUCUAGCUGUUCCUUGGCCUUCUCUGAGGAUUCAAUCCAAUGAAAAUAAGGCUGGAUGAGUUUAUAAUAUAAGCCUCUGCUCCGCCUAGUUCUGUUGUAGAUUGAAUUGGGAAACUAGUGUUGAGGGAAGAAAUUUAAGUGUAAGAGUUGAAACAGAUUAUGGAAAAGAAGAGAAUUAAGAGCAAGUAUUGAGAGAAUUAA